AUGGUCGUCAUGGGCAAGGAGGAGGAGAAGCAGCAGCAGCAGCUGGAGGAGGAGGUCCAAGAAGAAGUACGAGUCGUCGUCCAGAAGGAGACGACGGCGGAUGAGGAGGCCGAGGCGGCGCUGGUGCACAAGAUCUCCGGCCUGGCCGCCGCCAUCGCGAAGCUGCCGUCGCUGAGCCCGUCGCCGGAGGUGAACGCGCUCUUCACCGACCUCGUCACGGCCUGCAUCCCGCGCAGCACCGUGGACGUGGAACGCCUGGCCCCGGAGCUGCAGACCAUGCGCGCGUCGCUCAUCCGCCUCUGCGCCGACGCCGAGGCCCUGCUGGAGGCGCACUACUCUGACCUGCUGGCGGGCUUCGACAACCCGCUGGACCACCUGACGCUCUUCCCCUACUUCAGCAACUACCUCCUGCUGAGCCAGCUGGAGCACGGCCUGCUGGCGCGCCACGUCCCGGGCACGCCGCCGGCCCGCGUCGCCUUCGUCGGCUCCGGCCCGCUCCCGCUCAGCUCCCUCGUGCUCGCGGCCCGCCACCUCCCCGCGGCGGCCUUCGACAACUACGACAUCUGCGGGGACGCCAACGACCGGGCGCGCCGCCUCGUGCGCGCCGACGCCGCGCUCGCCGCCCGCAUGGCGUUCCGCACCUCCGACGUCGCCAACGUCACACGGGACCUCGCCGGAUACGACGUCGUCUUCCUGGCGGCGCUCGUCGGCAUGGCUGCCGAGGAGAAGGCCCGCGUGGUGGAGCACCUCGGGAGGCACAUGGCCCCUGGCGCCGCGCUGGUGGUGCGGAGCGCGCACGGCGCGCGCGGGUUCCUGUAUCCCGUCGUGGACCCCGAGGAGAUCCGCCGCGGCGGCUUCGACGUGCUCGCCGUGCACCACCCGGAGGGGGAGGUGAUCAACUCCGUCAUCAUCGCGCGCAAGCCUGUCCCCGCCGUCGACGCGCACGCCGUCGCUGGGGUGGGGCACGCGCACGCACACGGCGCCGUGCUCAGCCGGCCCUGCCUCUGCUGCGAGAUGGAGGCCCGGGCGCACCAGAAGAUGGAGGAGGUGGCCAUGGAGCAGCUGCCGUCCUAG